UUUGUGAUAGGGAAAUCAAGAGUGGCACCGUUGAAAUUUAUGACAAUCCCACGUCUGGAGCUGACUGCUGCAGUGCUGGCAGUUCGUGUAGAAGGGAUGCUCGUAGAGGAAUUAAAAAUGGACUUGGAACCAGCCGUGUUUUGGACAGACAGUACGACAGUGUUGAAAUACAUAAAGAAUGACAAUAGACGAUUUCACACAUUUGUUGCAAAUCGUGUAAAUACAAUCAGAAGCAGGUCUGAUGUAUUACAGUGGAAACACAUUCCUGGAAAAUUGAACCCAGCAGACUAUGCAUCCCGCGGAUUAAACACUGCAGACUUUCUGAAAGGCAACAACUGGAUCAAUGGUCCCAAAUUCCUGAAAGACUUAACCCAGCACUGGCCCAACGUACCUGUCGACCUUGCUAUUCCUCCAGAUGACUCAGAAUUGAGAAGAGAAGUUCAAGUACAUGCCACGUUAGCCAGUACCCAUGAUCCAACUAGUGUGUUGCUGAAUUACUUCUCCACUUGGAAUAAACUCAGAAGAGCCGUUGCCUGGUUCCUGAAGCUGAGGAGUUUGCUCACACAAUGUGUUCUCAAAAGAAAGGGGGCCUCAAAGGCAGACAUGGCUGGCCCUAAGACACUCUCUGUUCAAGACCUGGAAGAGGCAGAAGAAGCCAUUGUGAAGUUCUGCCAAAAUCAAGGAUUUCCACAGGAGAUGGCAUGCUUGCACAACGGAAGGAAUGUCAACCGGAAAAGCUCCAUCUUCAGACUGGACCCAGUCCUUGACCAUGGCUUAUUGAGGGUUGGUGGUCGCCUGAGCAGGAUGGCUAUGCCAGAGGUACCGAAACAUCCAGCUAUCUUGCCUAAAAGGCAUCACGUUUCUGAGCUUCUGCUUCAACACAUUCAUCAGCAAGUUGGCCAUUGUGGCAGAAAUCACAUCUUGGCAAGUUUAAGGCAAAAAUAUUGGAUUCCUUGUGCAAAUUCUCUUGCAAGGGAAAUUGUGAACAAUUGUGUCCCCUGCAGGCGGAACUUUGCACGUGCAGGUGAACAAAAGAUGGCCGAUCUGCCAAUUGAUCGUUUGGCCCCUGACCUCCCUCCAUUCUCACAUGUUGGAGUGGAUUACUUUGGACCAAUAGAGGUGAGAAGAGGGCGUGGCAUGGCAAAACGUUAUGGCGUGCUAUUUACUUGCCUGACUACUAGAGCAGUCCAUUUGGAAGUAGCACACUCAUUGGAUACAGACUCUUGCGUGAAUGCGUUUAGGCGCUUCAUAGCCAGAAGAGGCCAAGUGAAAGAAUUAAGGUCGGACAAUGGAACUAACUUGAUCUCUGCUGAAAAGGAGCUACGGGAAGCACUGAAACGAUGGAACAUGGAUCAAAUUGAGCGUAGUCUUAUCCAGAAAGGUGUCAAGUGGACGUUCAAUCCUCCAGCUGGUGCACACCAUGGAGGCAUCUGGGAGCGCAUAAUAAGAAUGGUGAAAAGGAUAUUAUCCUCCAUCACAAACCAGCAGUCUUUGGAUGAUGAAGGUUUAGUAACAGUAAUGUGCGAGGUUGAAUCCAUCCUGAACAGCCGUCCUUUGACAACCGUUUCCAGUGACCCUAAUGACUUGGAACCACUGACGCCUAAUCACCUACUGCAGCUAAAGGUCCAGCCCGUGCUUCCACCAGGAACAUUCAAACAGGAAGACUUGUACGCCCGAAGGCGAUGGCGGCAAACACAGUAUAUCGCAGAUCUUUUCUGGACACGGUGGAUACGGGAAUAUGUUCCACUCAUGCAAGAACGAUCCAAAUGGUCCCGCAUCAGGCCCAACUUUGGUGUGGGAGACAUUGUUGUGAUAGCUGAUCCUACAGCACCGCGAGGCUCAUGGGUGAUCGGAAGAGUAAUCGAAGCCAUAGCAGAUUACAAGGGCCUUGUUCGUUCUGUGAGACUGCAAACGAGAACCAACCAGCUCUUACGGCCCAUCAGCAAGAUCUACCUGUUGGUAAAAGCCAACAACCAACAUUGAACAAAGACUGCGCAUGUGCUUACAUUUGCAUCACAUUCAUACACUGAUACUUACACACAUUUGUAGUAUAAUUGGACGUAAAUUUAAAAUUAGAAUUAAGAAAUUAACAUUGUUUAUUUUUUGAAAAUUGCCCCCAUUGUGAAUAUUUUGUUAUAGCCACACGUGGUAGCUAUAAGGGGCCGGAUAUGUUGGAGCCAAUUUAGUUACCUUAGAUUAAAUUCUUACUUUUGUUUAAGAUUCGCUGGCCUUGGGCCAUGGACCGUUAUUUGACAAAGCAUUUGGUCACCUGAUCAGUCACCUGAUCAGGGAAAUAAAUAGGCUGCUCCCACUUGGUAGUUAGUCUCAGUUAGACAAGGAAGGAAGACAGUAGUGACAUAGUUUUUUACCGCUAAAAAGCCCGCUUCAAGCUACUUCAAGUUUGCCCCAGGCUUGUAGCUCUUGGAAUUUAGGAACCAAACUUUAGUUUACUUCUUUGAACCCUUUAUGUUGAAACCUUAGUUGAUUUACAAACGAUUUGGAUUUGUACCUGUGUGCCACCUGUUUGCCUGCCUGCCAUUCCCUCUCCCCCCUAUCCUUGCGUGGCCUACCACCUUUGCCUGCCUGCCAUCGCCUCUCUACCUCGGCCUGCAUGCCUGCUUGCCUCCAUUUGGACAUUCUACCUCCACCUUCAAAAGGACGUCGUCGGAGACUCUCAGUGCAAAAUGUGGCGGAGCUGCCUGGAUCAAGGAAUGCAUACGUCUGGACAACAUGGUUGGACUUACUCAGCUUCACUUGAACGGGCAUCCAGACAUACUGCAUAUUCAAAGGACAGCUGAUGGAAUCACAGACCACAAGGGGAACCCCAGUGGAUCUGAGAUGGCAAUAAAUAGUGGAUUGGUCUCACUGGAAAAUGGAGACGUC